AUGUUACCUUCGAAGACGGUUCGUAUAGCAGCACCAUUGGCCGCUCAAUGCAGAAUCUCGUUGUGUGUGCGAUACAAUGCUUCGACAGCAAAAGGUGGAAAGAAGAGUGGAAAGCCGAAGGAAUCGACGUCAUUUGCGAUGAAUUUAUUCCGUGGUCGAGCGGUGCUCUCGAAC